AUGGCCGAGGGCGAGCGAAGCAGUGGUGUGCAGGGUGACCUGGAGAAGGAGUUGACGUGUUCGAUCUGCACAGAUCUCCUCUACCAGCCGCUCACGCUGCUCGACUGCCUCCACACCUUCUGCGGCGCGUGCUUGAAGGAAUGGUUUGCUUUCCAGGCAUCGGCGGCGACGUCGAUUCACCCGUACACAUGCCCUUCAUGCCGCGCCUCUGUUCGCACCACACAGCCCAAUGCGACCGUCACCACGCUGCUCGAUAUUUUCUUGAAGGCGAACCCAGGUAGAGGCAAGAGCGAGGAAGAGAAGAAGGCAGACAAGGAUAAAUACAGACCUGGCGACAAUGUAAUGCCGAAGCUGAGACGCAGGGGAGAGGCGGAGGACGACAGCGAGCGCAGGAUGUUGGAAGAGGUGCAACAGCUGAGCUUGAGGGAGGUUGGCAUACCAAGCGGCAGCAGCAACAACAACAACCUGGAAUUGCCAAGAGAGCGGCGGAGGCAUGAGAGGAGCCGCGAAGGCAGCAGAGAGUCACGAAGAAGUCGAGACGACAGGCGGACCAUGAGUCGAAACACCUCGCCCUCGCGAGCUGUCGUACCACCGAGGGCGAUUGAACAUCAGUCGAGUCUACGUUCGCUGCUUAGUGCAUCAGAUCUGGGCGCCGAAGACGUCGAUGAGGACCUUGUGCGUCAUGUUCUGGAGGAGCUGCUUGCUGAAGGCGUGGACCUGAACGACAUUGGCACUACGCAAGAGGAGGAGAUUACCGAGAGGAUCGCCGAAGCCGUGCGUAGGCGCCAAGCUGAAAGACAAUCAGAGCGUCAGCGCGAGAGGCGGGAGAGACGAGAAAGGUUGGCAAGAGAUGGCUUGAUGAGCUCCUCUGCGACGUCUCUGCCUCAACCGCUGCGCAGCGCCCCGGCACGUGACGAAGACACUUCGCGGAGGAGGGGGCACGGGCGGUCAGAGAGCCGAACAUCAACACCGCAGAACGGCACAAGGCAUGCACCGCCGAUAUCGCGCCCAGGUCUUAUGGAUGCAGCCAACGGCGGCGGUCGCCAACACAGGCGCUCCUCAAGCCAAGGUAGUUCACGAUCAGCGCGCAGGGCAGACCGCCCUCCUGCUCUCUCUGUCUCUUCUGCCAGACAAAGCAGCAAUGAGCAGGAGCGGCCGUCGACGUUAGGGGUUGCGCCGGCACCGAGACGUCGACAGUCUGACAACCAACAGAGCAGCACGAUAGAAACACGCCGACAGUUUCGCAGCAGUAUAUACGACAAUAUGAACGCUGCAAGUCCAGUUUCUCCCCUGACGACGGGCUUCAACAUGCCAACCAGCGACAGCCCUACUAGCACCCUAGCGACGGUCGCUUCACCUCUGCACUCAUCCCCAUCAUCCACCCCUGUUGAGACACCUUUUCGAGCCCCCUCUUUACGCCGUAUCACGGACCCCGCCAGUGGAAGACCCCGUGUCUCCCUCACAGGCACACCACCCCUGGUGUUGCCACCGUCCUUCCUGCGGUCGACGACUGAUCCAAACGUGAACGAAGCCCGCUCGCGACAAGCUUCAGCCUCGACGUCAGCAGGGACCGUGCUAUAUGCGGAACCGCAUGUGUCGUGCAACGCGUGUGGUAAAGUCCACAUCGAGUACGAGUUGCAUUAUAACUGCCAACGGUGUGAUAACGGCGAGUAUAACAUCUGCCUCCGCUGUUUUCGCUUGGGAAAAGGGUGCAGACACUGGUUCGGAUUUGGCUGGGCUGCAUGGCUGCGUUACGAACGGCAAGCUCCUCAAGCUGGUUAUCAUCCAAGCAGCGAGCAUCCUCACGUCUUUACUGGACAUCGAUAUCGAAGGCCACUUGCUCAGCUCACUGAAUCGUCGACGCCUCCUCAUGUGCUUGUGAGCGAGCAUAAUCCUGAGCAACGACUGGAAACGGGUGUGUUCUGUGACAUCUGCAAAGCGUUUGCGAACGCAUGCUACUGGAAGUGUGACUACUGUAAUGAAGGCGAGUGGGGGUAUUGCAACGACUGCGUCAAUCAAGGUCGUCAUUGCACGCAUCCACUUCUGCCCGUCGCACACAAAUCUCCAAACGAAGUCUCAGACAGCCCUGAUGUAUCGACUCCCUCCACCCCUCACCACAAUACCGACACCCUUGCACCGCCUGAUCACGAUUACGAAGCCACGACGGCCCCUUUGACACCAAAGACUGCAUCGCUCAUGCGCGGUCCCAUUCUCUUCACGAUAGCAAAUCUCACCUUCCGUCCGCUCACAUUUACAACCUUGUGCAACGUUUGCAGAUAUCCCAUCCCACCAUCCAACACUCGCUAUCACUGCCUCAAAUGCAAUGCCGGCGAUUAUGACGUCUGCAUGGCUUGCUACCAUAAACUCGUUGUCUCGAAUCGCAUCAGCAAAGAGAACGGUGUGAACGGUUGGCGCAAGUGCUUCAGAGGCCACCGUAUGGUAAUCGUAGGCUUCGAAGACCGUGAUGGCGGCCAGCUGCGCAUUGUUGUGCGCGACCUUGUUGGUGGCUGGGCGCUCAAGGACGACAAUGAUGAGCAGGCGACAUCUCCCAACUCAAGAGCGCCGCAGAGAUACCCGCCGGACGGUGGUACGGGGUUGAAGUUACAGGCUCGAUGGGGACACUGGCCUGAGGAAGGUGUGAAAGACGAGCUAGCGUUUCCUAAGAUUGCAGAAAUUAGAGAGGCGGCCGACGUCAACGGCGAGUGGUGCUGGGGUGUGUACUGCGGGAUGAUGGGACUGUUUCCUGCGAGUCAUGUAGCGCCUCUAUAA